AUGAACCGGCCUAUUCGACGAAGAGGCAGGAAGCCACACGCCAACAGGCAACAGGACCAGCUUGAAGAGAGGCAACGUGAGCCCGACAAGCCCGACAAUCAGGAUCCCGACCUCGCGUCGUUGGACCCUAUACAGCGGCUGAUAAGGGUUUACCGUAAUACAAUGUACCAGUGCUACUUUCCAUUCCUCCCAGAGAACGAUCUUCUUACACGCUGGGAAGAUGGCAUUCCAGAUGCAGAGGGGCCGUCUUAUAUGUUGCUGAUGGCACUCUGCGCCGUCAGCUCCCAGACAGUCGCUCUGAACGCAGUCUUCGAUAAUACCUUGCUCGAAGGUCUCCCCAGCCAUGAUAGCACCAAAUACUAUUCCGAAGCUGUUUCCAAGAUGCCAGUACACAUUCCCCAGUCACAAGAUCUUGAUUACUUGCGAUCGUUCGGUCUCUUGGCCGUAUACUCAUUACGGCGUGGCGACCACAGCGACCUCCACCGCUACCUCGGUCUGUACCACGCCUUGGUUGCUCAGAAUGGUUUCCAUGAUGAAGGCCGCUGGCCCAGUGAUAUUUCUAUGUCCGACGCGGAUGACCGACGGCGGCUUUUUUGGUGUGUUUAUCGCCUUGAAAUCCACUCUGCAUGCGUACUUGGCCACAUGGUGCGUAUGCCGGAAUCGCAAAUAUCAGUUCUCUACCCGCGCAUAACUCCGGCUAUGGAGCCUGAAACAAGGGCCUGGACUGCUGGUUGGGACUAUAUCACAGAUCUUUUCCGGCUCUUGGAGUAUGCAAUUUUUAGUCUUCGCGAAGGUAAAAAUCGUAAGCCAGUGUUCGCCGUGCUCUGCAACCGACCCUCGCCAACAACACUGUGUGACAGCCUAGCUCAACUUAAAGCCAGUAAACCACGCAUAUUGCUUGGCUUGAGUGAGCGCGACAGCGGCUUUCAAAGCAAUAGGUGCAAGUACAUGGCAGUCCAGAUCGCUUGUACGGAAACACUUGUCAACAUCAUGGCUUUGCUCUACUGCCAAGCUCCUGCUCGCGAAGUUAUAGAUAUCGCUGAGAGCUUCCUGGAAGAAGUGACCAAGGCACCACUCAUCAUUUUCAAGGUUGCAAGCAGUCAGAUUGUGCAUCAGCUACUUGGCGUUGGUCAUAUGCUCUACAAUGCCUCACAGUACGACAGUGGCUUGUAUCGGCCAGAAGCCAAACGAUUAGUCGCGUUCUUGGGGGAUUUGGCACAGAGUUUGGGGGGUGAUAUACCUUCCGCAGCUGAAGCCGGGGAACGAUUACUUAGAUUAGCAGAAACCAUGUCAUGGCGUGUUUGCCAAGAAGCGAAUGAACGAAAAACGUCUAGAUUUUGGAAGAAAGUCGAUACCUACAGAAAAUCUUGUCAAGUAUUCCAGCAGCAACCAUAA